CAGACGGUGGGGUCCUUUUACGUCACACAAACAACUCCAGUUAGCUUGUAGCUAACAUACAUGCUGCUGUUAUUUGACCGGUGAUUGAGGAGUAAUUUAAUGUUGGAUGUGCCUACGGCCAGACAGCAUUGAACUUCUUGUGAUUGAUCUCAUAUGAAUAAUUGAAAGUGGUGAAUUACGGUCUUAAUGAACAUGUGGAGCUCAGGCCGCCGUGUCCUUCAAGACCUGCUCAGCCAGCCGGCUGUCAGGACCUUCUCUCUGAGUCCUGCUCAGAAUACAGUUGUGGUGGAGCGCUGGUGGCAGGUGCCCUUAUCUAAAGUAGGCAGUCCGCCAAGGCUUCACCCUCGAAGACACAGAAUCUACAAGUUGGUUGAAGACAUCAAACAUGCUCCCAAGGAGAAAAUGGAGCUCAUCCUGACUCAGACAGUACCCAAGCUCGGUGGACGAGGAGACACUGUGUUCGUGAGAAAGUCUGUCGGCAGAAACAAGCUGCUGCUCCAAGGCCUCGCUGUGUAUCCAUCGCCAGAGAACAAACAGAUGUUUGCUGAGGAGUUAAGACUUCUGCGUGAGGGGAAGCCAGAGGAAAGAAUCCAAACGCGCACUGGACAAUUGACAGUGGAGUUCCUUAAACGCUCCAAGUUAAAGAUAUUGAAAAUGCCCUCUGAUGAAUUCCAGCUCACUAAAGAGGUUGUCCGCAGGCAGUUUCAAAAGAAGCUGGGAGUUGUUGUGCCACCUCAUGCACUCACUUUCCCAUUUGAGUCAGUCAAGGACUCCGGUGACUACUGGUGUCAAGUUACGGUUAAUGGAAUGGACACAGUUCGCAUCCCCAUUUCACUGGUGCCAUAUGAAGACCCGUCUGCAAGUUAUCAGCGACAGUUGAAAACGAAAAUGCAGCAACAACAGGCAACCACAGACGCCUCAGAACCUGCCGCUGAGGAGGUUUCUGUUGCUGCUGAGGGGGAAGCUGCUGCAAAGCCCUUUUCUGAUGCUACAGUGGAAGCUACUGCAGCCUUAGCAGGAGUCCCUGCUGAUCAAGAUGAAACUGCAGCAAGUACACGGAUGAGUCAAGAAACAACAGCACCACCAAGUGACAGCCCGAAAAAAGAUGACUCCAAAUGAACAUGUAUAUGGUUUACCUAUAAUACACAUUAUACAUGCACAAAAACACUUGUCUGCGUCAUUAUUAAAUUAUUUACAAUUACAAACUUACAAUUACAUGUGAACUCUAAAUUAUAGUUUGAUAAACUGCUCUUUUGUAAUCUUACCGUAUGUCUAACAUAGCAGACGUAACGAAAGACUACCCA